AAUCCGCUGCCAGGCACACCAGCGGGCCUGGGGCGGCGCUGAGUAUUUACGUGCAGCCUCCAGGAGUUACACUCUUCCCGCUUACUCCCCAUUCCUUUUCUAAAGGGGGCCCGCGGCAGUCGGAAAAACCCGGACCCACGGAUCGCCCCCGUUGCGGACCGACUUCCCUUCACAGGCAGGAAGGGAGGGGGCGGGAGAAGCGGUGCACCCCACGGGCUGCGCAUGCGCUGCUCACAGGCAGCCCCUGGAGUGGAAUCCAGUUGCCGGAUUCGCCGCCAAGCUAGGAGUGCGCCUGCGUCGUCGCCGGGUCUCUCCACCUCCACUUCCCCUCCCCCUGUCCCCCGCGGGGGCUCCGGGUCCGGCGGGACCAUGUUCGCCAGCACCGGCUCCAGUGGGCUUUAUAAGGCCCCUCUGUCCAAGGGUCUUUUGCUGGUCCCCAGUGCCCUGUCCCUCUUGCUGGCCCUCCUGCUGCCACACUGCCAGAAGUUCUUCGUGUAUGACCUCCAAGCCGUCAAGGACGACUUCCAGAUUUGGAGGUUGAUAUGUGGAAGAAUAAUUUGCCUUGAUUUGAAAGAUACUUUCUGCAGCAGUCUGCUAAUUUAUAAUUUUAGGAUAUUUGAAAGAAGAUAUGGAAGCAGAAAAUUUGCGUCCUUUUUGCUGGGUUCCUGGGUCUUGUCGGCCUUGCUUGACUUCCUCCUCGUUGAGGCGGUGUGGUACUCCUUUGGCAUUGCUGCAGCCGGGGGUUUGCCUUCUGGAUUGAAGAGAAGGAAGAACUUCCACAGUAAAGAAAGGAAUACUCUGAUCCUGAUCAUUCCUUACAUCUGUCCAAGUCCAUUGAACGUACAGGACGACCUGUCCUGUCCGCCGGGGACUGACUGAUGACAUGCAGUGGGAGCCCACCAGCUGUGACACGCAUACCGCGCCGGUGAUACUGGAGGAGACUGUGUGAGGGGGUGAUAUCUCUGUGCCUUUCCUCCCGUUUUACUAUAAACUUAAUACUGCUGUAAAAAGAAUAAAAUCUUCAAAUGAAAAAA